GUGACAGCAUCGAUGGCUGGGGUGAGCAGGGACUCCGUGCGAUCCAGUCUGCACGUUUAAUGGACUUCUGAAUCACUUUUUUUCCCUCCCCCCCUCCUCCCCCACCCCCACCCCUUCCUCCUCGAAAGACUGGCUUGGAGAUCUAUGUGUGAAGAAAGCGACUGUGCUGGCUGACAGCGGUCAGAAGCGUUGGGUAAGCGGGGAGGGGAAGGGUUAUUACCCAGACAAGUCUGUUUCAUGUCCCCAGCGCACUCAAAAUAUGACAUCUCUGACAGCCGGAUCUGUUCACUAGCUGGCUGGUUUUGUCAUCUCCAGCUUGAGUAUCUGUCAGACUGAAUCACUGGUGUGGAUUAUGCCCAUUUGAAUUUAGUAUGUGAUGCAGGGCGAUUUCAGUCUGGGUAGAGACUUAAAACAAUGGGUGACUGGAGUUUUCUGGGAAGGCUUUUGGAGAAUGCACAGGAACACUCGACUGUGGUAGGCAAGGUUUGGUUGACUGUGCUCUUCAUUUUCCGGAUCCUGGUGCUGGGUGCUGCGGCCGAGGAGGUCUGGGGGGAUGAACAAUCCGACUUCACCUGCAACACCCAACAGCCCGGCUGCGAGAACGUUUGCUAUGACAAGGCAUUCCCCAUCUCCCACAUACGGUUCUGGGUGCUGCAGAUCAUCUUCGUCUCCACGCCCACCUUGAUCUACCUGGGCCACGUGUUGCACAUCGUGCGGAUGGAAGACAAGAGGAAAGAGAGGGAAGAGGAGAUCAGGAAAGUCAAGGAUCAAGGAGACAAAGAACUGCUGCUUCAAAAGGGCAAGAAGCGCAAACUUCCUUUUAGGGAUGAACAUGGUAAAAUCCGAAUCCGAGGCGCCCUUUUACGCACUUAUGUUUUCAAUAUAAUUUUCAAGGCGAUGUUUGAAAUUGGAUUUAUUGUAGGUCAGUAUAUCUUGUAUGGCUUUGAGCUUAGACCUCUGUACAGGUGCGAUAGAUGGCCAUGUCCCAACACCGUGGACUGCUUCAUCUCACGGCCAACGGAAAAGACUAUCUUCAUCCUAUUUAUGCUUGUGGUGGCUUGCGUGUCCCUUUUAUUGAAUCUGUUGGAAAUCUAUCACCUGGGCUGGAAGAAGCUGCGGCAGGGAGUGACCAACCGGCACCCCGUGGACAUGCAACACAAGGCCGAGCCGGUGACCCCGCUGGCCAGGACUGUGCAGAGCAGCUUCACCUACCCUUACUUUCCUGACACGACAGAGGGUCCCCACCCCUACCCGGGGGCGCCGUCCGCCGACUACAAGCUGGCGGCGCUGCCCGAGGACCGGCCGCCUUGUGCGGGCUACAACAACAACAAGCUGGCGGCCGAGCAGAACUGGGCCAACUUCGCCGCCGAGCACACCCGCGAGUUGAAGCCCGCUGGUGGAGGUGAUGGAGGCGGUGGAGGAGAUGGAGGAGGAGGAGGAGAUGGUGAUGGAGGCGGCGGCGGCAGCACCCCCCCUCCUUACGCGCCGGCGCCUCCCACGCCGACUAAUGAGGACAGCGACGGCCACGUGACCGCCACGGUGGAGAUGCACGAGCCGCCCAGCGCCGACACGCGCCGCCUGAGCCGCGCCAGCAAAGCCAGCAGCGCCAGAGCCAGGUCCGACGAUCUGGCCGUUUAGCGCCGGCUUUGCCCUCCUCCCAUUCCCUCCCUUCCUCCAAAAAGCAGUGCAAAGGUUUUAAUGCAAAAAAAAAAAGAAGUCGGGUGGGUGGGAAAAAACAUCCGUAUUGGAAUGCUGGUGAUUGCAAUGCGCUCUGGGAGUUGUUGCUUGCACAGAUAUGACGAUUCUUCUGUUAAAAUUGGGCUACAUACCCAUUAGCCUUAACAUUUAUACAUGCGCUAUUUUAUCACUUUUAAUAAAUGGGGAAAAAAACAUAUAGACAACUUAAUUCGGAGGCCGCAGGAUGAAAACAAUGGUUCCAAUUCCCAUCAUGUUGGACCGAUGCCUGAAUUAGCAUGUUGUAAUCAUAAUUGAUGCAUGACCAUUAAUUGCACCUCUAAACACUCAUUUUACCAAACCCACCACCACAAGUUGACUUAAGAACUUGUACUUUUUUAAUAUGUCAAUUAUUUCAUGGCAAGGUGAGACGUCUACAGUAACACAACUCCUUAAAUGUCUUAUUCAACUCAUUGAAAGCUGCUCCUGUUUAGACAUAUGCACUCUGUGAUGCUAAGCAGUCAUCUUUAAACUAAUACCGUGGGUAAAAUAAAUCUCUAAAGCUGAACAUCAAAUCACAGAAUGCGUUAUGCAUGACACAUCCUCAAUUUAGUGCUAUCGCAGUUAUCAAUAUUUAACUUCUUGGUUUUCAUCCAUCUCCACUGUUCCACUUAUCAGAGCAGAUUUCAAAUUACACUGUACGUGAUGGCAAACUAAAGUAGAAGGACUGAGAGAUAAGCACGGAACAUGAUUUUGAAUGCCUUUACAUUCAUAAAAAGCAUCAAAGCUAGGCAAUAUGCUCAAACCAAUUAUAAAUUAAAGGGGUAUGCACUGCAGUUUAUUUAUGUGUGAGGGCAUGUUUGUGUGUUUUAGUAGAUACAAUAGUGCUCUAACAAAUUAAGGGCACUGCCGCAUCAAAGGAAAAGAUGGCUUGAAGCACCAAGAAGUAAAAUAAAAGUAUGGUUUGCAGUAAAGAAAAACGUUUAUAGAACAACGUUGUUAUAUUUCAUAGAAAAAAAGUUUUUAGGUUGUUUAUCAUGAAAUUGAAAUGGUCCCAGUGUUUCUUCAAGAACAUAACAUUUUUGCACACACUACCUUUUAAACACAAUUAGGUUUGGAAGUUCUAAAUAAUUGUACUCAUUGCAGUAAAUGUUCUGAGCAAAUAUUACUAAUAUUCCAGAGUAUAUGUACCAGACUAUAUAUAAUUCAGAGCAUGGUAGUGUAAUCUCAAACCUGUUAUUGGGUUGGGUGGGGAAUUGGGAGUAGGGAUGUGGAACCAGAGGGAAAGUGAGUUUCAUUUUGUUCCUUUGGCAUUUGAUUUUGCUGUAUUUCCCAAGAUUAAUUAUCUUGGCUAAUAUCAGGAAAACAAAGUGAUGAAGUAUAAUUUGCUUACUGGCAGUUUCAGUAGAAACUUGCAAAUUAUCUGACACAAAGUUGCAAAGACUCUAAAUGUCAAUUUUUUCUCAGACAUAAACAUUUUAAUAAAAAGUGUGAAUGCUUAGAAAUGAAUUACGUAUCUAUGGAGACUUUCCUAUAUAUUGGAAGUUAUCUAGGUUUCAUUUUUUAAGGCAUAUUGGUUGAGAAGGAAACACGUUUUACUAAAAUGUUCAUAUCUUUUAAAUCAAGAAAUGUUUAUUUUCUCCGAUUGGUUACUUUUGUGCAGGAACUGUUUACAAAGUAUAGUUUCUUGCCUGAGAUUCUCGAGAGCAAUUCACUUUAGAACAAGUUUAUUUGUAGCCCUCUGUUUAGCUACACUGAAAAAAAUGCACUGAAACAAAACAAAUCAACUGUUAUGAAUAAAAUUAUUUCAUAGCUCAUUUUAGACAAGUGGCCCUGGCUUUGAUGAAUAUACUAGAGAACUAGCCAACUAAAUACAUGUAAAAAUGAUGUAUCCCUUGAAUUAAGAAAUCAUAAGCUAACUUUUAUGUUUUCCUCAGAUUGAUUUAGGUUUCGAGCUUGAUAUGAUAUUAAUUACUGAAACCCUAUUGAUAAUGAACAAAUCAAGGAAUCAAUUUGUAGGUGUAUUUUCUUAAUGCGUUUUUUUUCCAUUCAUUUUUUUGUACUAUGUUUUGUAUCUUUGUAACUUUGUUUUGGUUCCUGAAAGUUUACGUUAUCAAAAAUUGCACAUCUCAACAAAAUAAAGUUUACAUUAUUAGACAGCAAAUUCUAAGAAAAUGGGCCUGCUCUUAUGCAGCAAAUCCCAAAUGUAAUGUCUUAAUACAAAAUUAGAGCUCUUACAAAAAAGGCAGUACAGCAUACAAAUGGAAGUUAUUUAGGUUGUUACUGUAUACACUUUAUUUUUACUGAUUAUGAGGACUACAUAGCUAUAGUAACAGAGUAAUUCACUUUGUAAUAUAUCACCAUGGCAAUGAGAGCUAUGUACCAUAUUUGGCAAUUAGUUAUAAAAAGAUGUACUUGACCAAAAGACGAUAUUAAGCGAGAUAAAUUAUUUUAUACAUGGGAUUUGAAUCAAACUGAUUAGGUUUCUUAAUUCAAUAUCUGUUGCUUCAUACCAUGCCUUGUUAACAGCCAGUCUUGCUCACAGGCUUCAAAGCCUGCUUGUUGCCCAUGAAACCUAUUAUUUACCAAAUAUCAGCUCUCACUAGAGGUAAAGAACUUGUUGGGCAGUCAGGGACAUUUAAUGAUUUGGAGCGAAAGCAACAAAGCUGUUCUAAGUGCUGUCUUUAAAGAAGUGCCUUUGUAUUCUACUCUGUAAGAGCAAAUUGAUGUAAAUGUUACUUUACCUCAAAUGUUUACAAAUGUGUUACCUAAUAAACUUUUUUGUACCAUAA